GCCUGGGUAAUUGGGCCCGACGAAUCAUCAAAAGGAAGCAACGACCUCCUUGUUGAGCUAUACCACCAACAUUCACAAAACGGUGACUCUUCGUCUUUCUUCAUCCUCGUCACCUGAACUUCUUUUUCCUCUCUGGAAAAACAAGAAUUAAGAUACAUUCUUUUUUCACUAAUAAACUUUGUCCCCUCAAGUAUGUCGUCUAACAAUCCAGCACACAUACCCCACUAUCGUAUUUCUCCUAUUACCCAAGAAAGACGACCACAAGCAUGCCCGGCGGACUAGACGACUCGCGCUGGGCGCCAAAGAAUCAGCACAAUCGCAUCAACAAACAUCGUGGACGUCUCGGUCAAAAUGGACGGUCUUCAUCUUCCAAUGCAACAAUGUCAGCAUCGCAUUCCGAAACCCUUCUCCUCCAACUCGAAGAUCGACCUUCGCCCGAACAAGAGUUUUCACGAUUUCUCAAGAUCGUUGCCAGACUCAAUUGGAAGCUACCAUUCCUUAAGAUGGGAUAUAGCAUGGCUAAGGAAACUGCCGACAAGGAGCAACCGCAAAUCGAAGCUUGCGAAACCCAAUUCAAGCUGGAUUUUCAUGAAUUCUACAUGCUAAUCGAACGUGCCCUCGUCCGACUUAUGGGCAUCUUCGGUGUUAUAGUCAGGCGCAAUGGGAUCAUUAUCGACGGGGUCGUCAGAAUGAAUAACGCCCAGGACGAGAAUUCGGAUCACAACAUGGCUGAGGACUCCAAGGAACGUUCCAUCCAACAUUUCUACCACAAGAACGUCUUGACGGCGCUUCAAGAUCCUAAGAACCCCCUUUACAGCAUAUUCGGCAAGUCCGAAGUUCGGGCGCAGCUAUCGAGAGCCAAGGACCUUCGCAAUCGCUGGAAGAACAUCGAUGAAGCCGCCCCCAUCAACUUUGCGCCGCUGCCUCUCUCGAGCUAUAACCUCGAGUUGAUUAUGCAGACCAUUCUUACAGCAAUCGAGGAGGCACACAUUCUCGCGCUUGAUUACCUACGUAAGAGAGGGAACGAACCAAUGGAUGCUACCAGAGAGGAAGAUUGGGAGUUUAUGGUGGAUGCUAUGGAUUGGGAAGCUGUUUAAUUACCGGGGGACGCCAAACUCGACUGGCCUUGUUCACAAUUCUCGGUAUCAAACCAGAUUCUUGGACAAGUGUUGAAGGACGACUCCUACUAACCCUAAGCUACAAUUAAACUGGUUUUCUACCAUCAUGCGAAAAAAAUAGCAAGGCACUGGUUACCCCCUUUCCCCGAAACAAAGUUCCUAGGACAGAUUUUGAUGUGCAAGAGACGGAUUGAGCAUUUGCAGCCGGCCACCGCAACGUUGGAAUCAUCUGUUGAUUCGCAGUUGGAGAUUGCGUUUUCCUUCAAUGAUAUACUUUUCAGACAAGAGGUGGCGUUUUGAUCGUUGGUGUGGCUAAAGUAAGAUAGCAUCGAUACCCAGCAAGUAAUUCAUCCUUGGUAGAACUCAUUAGAAUUAGAAUUAAUUAGGUAGUAGCUGUAGCUUGUACCGCCUUGAUAGACCUAAUCCCUAGAUAACAUUAUUAGUAACCCCCAUCUUGGUUAUUAUGAGGAUAGAGAUGAGUCAGGCGUUUCUGACGACUGUUUACCUUUGGGAAUAUGGCAGUCAAGCCUCUCUUCCGUGGUAUCCAUGAAUCAAAUGAGUGCUCUAGAAAGUAGAAC